AUGUCUACAGAUACUAGAACUCACCGCGAUCGGGCGGCCCCCUCAAAGAGGAAGACCCGGGAUGGGUCCGAAGAUGUUGCCCCGGCGCGCAAAAAAGUGCAUCGGAAGGACAAAGCAGGCGACCAAAUUCAGUACGAGGAGUAUGGCAGCGGAGGCGAGGUAUCGAAGCCCAAGAUUACCCGCAAAUACAAGGACAAAUUUGCACCCAAACCCGAGAAGGAAUACGCAUCUAUCAACAACCUCAAAAAACGCAUUCGCGAUGUGAAGCGACUGCUCAACAAAAUGGAUCUUUCUGCCGAUGCUCGCAUCUUGCAGGAACGUGCUCUCGCUGGAUAUGAGCAGGAUCUUGCGGACGAAACAGCACGCAGAGAACGUUCCCAGUUGAUCACGAGAUACCACUUUGUCCGAUUCCUUGAUCGCAAGACUGCAACCAAAGAACUCAACCGACUCACUCGUCGCGAGAAGGAGAAAGACCUCGAUCCGAAAGAAAAGGAUCGUCUUACGGCAAAAAUCCAUACCUGCCGCGUGAACCUCAACUACACAAUCUACUAUCCUCUCACCGAGAAGUACAUUUCAAUCUACCCCAAGUCGAACGGAAAAGCCGAUGCGCCGGGAUCAGAAUCAGAAUCGCAAAAGCAGGAAACCAAACCCACAGCAGCCAAGCCCCCGAUGUGGGCCAUUGUUGCGAAAUGCAUGGAAGAAAACACACUGGACCUUCUCCGCGAAGGAAAGCUGAACAUCAACGCCAACGGCGAGAAGAUCCAAGCUGCCUCGUCUAGCGCAGCUGAGGCUACAAAUACCAAUAAGGAGAAGAGCAAGAAGAAGGAGCACCACAAAGAGACCAAGGCUACUACACAGAAGGACAAGCACGCGUCCCAAAACGACAAGAGUAGCAGCAAGGAGAAGUCAGCACGCAAAGAACGGGUCUCCACGAAACACGAGGCACCCCCAGUCAAUGCGGAGGAUGGAGAUGAAAGUGAUGGUGGUUUCUUUGAGUGA